AUUUCUGUUAGACGUGGGGCCAAAUAUUCAGUUUUGUCUCGAGGAGCAGGUCCUAUUCUUAACUAUUUUCUAAUCACAUCCGCGGUCCAAGAUUCUGUUCCCGGGUCUUCAGCACCAGAUGAGAACCUUGUCCCAGGGCUGGUUAGUAGCAGGUUGUGCAAAAUGAGUUGAUGUCGUUACCUGUCUCAUGGAGGUCCACAUGUGAUUGCCGUAUUUCCCAUGGACACUGGAAGGCAUCAGCGGCCCGGUGUUGGGAAAACGGGGAGCGGAGAAGGAGAUGGAGGUGGGAGGGGCCUGGCAUGGCUGACGUCACCGGCUGUGUGGAGGAGUAUAGGCUGUGCUGUCAGCCCAGUGUCAGUCUGAUGAAGAUUGGCAUGCAGGCUUUGUGUGGAGAGUUGGAUCCUGGGCAACGGAGCAGACGACAACACUGAAAGCUGCUGUGUUGCUGUGGGCAAGCUAACUUCUCAAUGUGAAGCUAUCCCAUGAUGCAACAUGUGUCCCCAGCACCUGCAGUGACAAUGAUGGCCACCCAGAGUGUUCCUCCACCAUCGUACCAGGAGAGCCAACAGAUGACGGGUACCACUCAGCAGAACACUAAGACCCCACAGGUCCAUAUCCCAGCAGCCACCGCAACAGGAAAUACCUCUGUCAGUGUGACCCUUGACCCUCAGGCCCAGCUUGAGUCUGACAAAAGAGCCGUUUACAGACAUCCGUUGUUCCCCCUGCUGGCAUUGUUGUUUGAGAAAUGUGAGCAGGCCACACAGGGAUCUGAAUGCAUCACGUCAGCCAGCUUUGAUGUGGACAUAGAAAACUUUGUGCACCAGCAGGAACGAGAACAUAAGCCCUUCUUCAGUGAAGAUCCAGAGCUGGACAACUUGAUGGUAAAGGCCAUCCAGGUGUUGAGGAUCCACCUACUGGAAUUAGAGAAGGUCAAUGAGCUCUGUAAGGAUUUCUGCAACCGUUACAUCACCUGCCUGAAGACCAAGAUGCACAGUGACAACCUACUCCGUAAUGACCUGGGAGGACCCUAUUCUCCAUCACACACCAGUCUCAGCAUGCAGCAGGAACUAAUUCAGACCUCCUCUCCAUCCAUGACCUCUGUCUCCAGCUCUGUUAACCCUUCAGGGAUUGUGGUGCCUGCCGGGGGUCUGCAACAGAGCAAUGUCGCCAUGACUACCAUCAACUCUCAAGUGGUAUCGGGUGGGACCCUGUACCAGCCGGUUACCAUGGUGACAUCACAAGGACAAGUGUUAACGCAGGCGCUGCCGCCAGGAACCAUCCAGAUCCAGAAUUCGCAGGUAAACGUGGACCUGUCAUCUCUGUUGGACAGUGAAGACAAGAAGUCCAAGAAUAAGAGGGGCGUUCUGCCCAAACACGCCACCAACAUCAUGCGGUCCUGGCUGUUUCAGCAUCUCAUGCACCCGUACCCAACAGAAGAUGAGAAAAGGCAGAUUGCUGCACAAACAAGUCUAACCCUUUUGCAAGUGAACAACUGGUUUAUCAACGCUCGUCGGCGUAUCCUCCAGCCGAUGCUGGAUGCCAGUAACCCAGACCCAGCUCCUAAAGCGAAGAAGAUGAAGUCCCAGCACCGUCCCACACAGCGUUUCUGGCCUGACUCCAUCGUGGCUGGAGUUCUGCAGACGCACAGAUCUCAAACAGGAAACAACUCAGACAACCCGCUGAGCAUGGACAGCCUCCAGUCACUGUCCUCAGACUCAGCCACCCUGGCCAUGCAGCAAGCCAUGCUGGGUGCCGAUGACUCCAUGGACGGCACCGAAGAGGACGAGGAAGAGGAGGAGGAGGAAGAAGAGGAGGAAGGAAUGGAGGAGGAGGAAGAGGAGGAGGACGUGGAUGAGGAAAACGACAGGGGGAGGCAAAGGAGAGAUCUGAGCAUGGAGCACAGAGAGGAACUGGAGCUAUAUGCUGUAUAUACAUUUGGAUCUCCAUCAGUGUUCAAAAUGUCCAUCGCCCAGGCGGCGGCCAAGGCCAUGCUAUCUGAUGCCCUGCUGCAGGACGGCCCCGGGAUAAACCGGAUCAACCACCUGGAGCUGGAGCUUCCUCUGGACAAGGUCAUCAAAUUUGUGUCUGUCGGGCUUCCACUGCUGCUGGUGUGCAUGGCGUUUGCCCGCGAGAUCUCCCUGGGGCCUCAGAUCAGCUGUUUCCCUCCCAGCAAUUUCACUAUUAAGCAGGCCAGCUACGUUGACACAUACUGCUGGGACUCUCUCAUGCAUCACGAAUUUGACAGCGAUGGGAACUUUGAGGAGCGCUCUCUCUGGGUUCACAAAAUGUUCCCUUACUCUCUCCUGGCCAUGGCGGUGCUGAUGUACCUGCCAGCUCUGAUCUGGCGCCAGCUCGUGAUGCCCUCACUGGGCUCAGACCUGCUCUUCGUAAUCGACGAACUAGAUAAGUCAUACAACCGCUCGAUCCGACUGGCCCAGAGCAUUCUCGAUAUGCGCCAGACCACUAAGAACCCGCUCACAUUUCAGGCUGAGCUGCAGAGGGCAAAGAAGAAGCGAUACUUUGAGUACCCUCUGCUGGAGCGAUACAUGCAGUGCAAACAGAACUCCUACUUCCUUGUUAGCAUGCUUUUCUUACGUGGCUUCCUCCUCCUGACCUUCAUGACCGCUGCCUGUCUCUACCUGGCCUACUUCCACCUCUCGGCCUUCCUGCAGGAUGAGUUCAGCUGCUUUGUCCGCACCGGCAUGCUGCGCGAUCAGAACUGGGUUCCUGAGCUGGUUCAGUGUAAAAUGAUUGGUCAGUUGGUGUUUCAGGUGAUAAGCGUGGCCAACGGCGCAAUCUACGUCCUGUUGGCCCCCAUUGUUCUUUUCAGCCUGAUUCGGCUCUUUGUUUGGGACACCACCUUCAUCUCCGUCUAUGAUGUCCUCCCAGCUCUGGAUCUCCUCAACCGCCGCAGGCUCGGCUGCCCGCUAAAUGACCUCAAUGUCCUUCUGCUGUUCUUGCGUGCCAACGUAGCGCACUUAAAGUCCUACGGAAACGUGAGGGCGUUGUGCUCGCUGGCGCCGCCACAGGUAGGCAACACCACUGCAGGGCAAGGCUUAAACGCAAUGCUGACCCAAGAAGAGAUGGAGGAGCGGGAAGAGGCUGCGAUGGAGCUGGCGGAGGAGGUGGAGGAGGCCAAGGAGGAAGGGAAGCUCAACUUAGUGGAUAUCAUGACCAUUCUGGGAGCAGCACAGGGAAGAGUGGUGAACUGCAGUGAGAAGAGGCCUCUGGUGGAGCAGAAUAUGAGUCUGGGUACCGUAACACUUAUCUACACACUUAAACGCUUUCUACUAGUGGCUAUUUUUGUCUACAUCAUUUGGGAUGUACAGAAAAUUAUUAAGUGACCUCCAGACUAAAGAUAAAGGAUAAUGAAUACAAAGUGCUUUAAAUAUAACUGAACAGAAUCAUUUCAUAUUCAAGUGGACCUGAGGAAGCAGUUUGAGAAACUGUAAGCAGUAAAUCCAAAUAAAAGAGUUUGGUAAAAUUGUUUCUUUGUAUUGUUUCUGACUUGUCUUAUUUUUGUUGUUUCUUUUUGAAAUCAAACUGAAUCACCUAUAUUUCUAAAAGAGUCUUUUCAAAUCACUGGCUAAUGUGGAAGAGAUAGAUUUGUGGUACUUCCAAGCCCUAACUAACCUCUCUGUCUCUUCACAGAGCCAAACCACCAGGGGUACCAUGAGUUGAAGGAGACAGCACCCUUUAGUCAUUACUAGGCCUCCUAUGGACUGAAUCAGAGUGAUAACAAUGGGGGGGUUGGGACAUUCUCUACAGUAGAAUUUGAAGAGUGCUGUACCCACAAAGACUGUGGACGCCAAUCAUGGGUUUCUGCGGUCUGAAGGAAAAAAAAAAAAAAAAGCCUCUUUUAGAAUUACAGGGAAAAUUGUUCUGGCUGGAAAUGUCAAUGGAUUUGUCAAUUUUCAGCAGCCGUGCAUCUGUAGCUGCCACAGACUUUCCUUCUGUCUCUUAGUCUGGUCCCAUUUAUUUUCAGGAAACCAGAGGUGGAAGCUUGCAAGUGAAAGUGGCUGUUGUAAUCAUGUUUACUAACAACUAUAUGUCGACAUGACUGUGUGCAUUUGUGAGAAAUAGGAGUUUUGAUACAGUACGCAGUAUACUGUAUACUGUAUACAUUUUUUGAGAGACAGAAAAACAUUUUAGUGGCAGUUAUGGAUUCCUCUCUGUAACUUAUAUUUGAUGAACUUAAUAAGAGGUCACAUUACUGAAUAUUAUAAUUUAUGUACUCUCUUUCCUUUUUCCACCUUAUAUUGGUAUUUACUUUAUCAGCAAAUAAAAUGAAAUUUGUCUGUGUGUGAAUUAUGAUACGUGUUUUCUAUGUAAUUAUAAAUAAAUAAACGUGGUGUA